GAGUUUUAUCGCGACGGGCACGGCCUUCUGCGCGUUUCAUCGGCUGGAGAAUAGUCAAAGAAAAAAAAGUUAAUUGAAAAAAAUAUAUCAUUUGAAAGGUUUCUUAAGCUCAGUGAGAUUUCUGGAGAAGGAAAUUUUCGAAUGGAAAACUCUUUAGUAACCAGAAACGAGUGGAAGUUCCGAUUGGUCGAGAUUGCAAACGCGAGCUGUGCCAUUUUCGAGGUUUGGCCUUAAGGCACAAGGUUUUUUUUUCGCACACACUGUCUGUGUCUCCACUACGGUUGGGGGGAGAGGUCCGGUCGGUUCUUUUGCAAACAGGGACAGGUUUUUCGUCUUCGUCUCCGUUCGGUGCACUGGUUUUGUAAGACGAGAGUGUGGGAUAUAUUUCAAUUUGGUUUUCACGCUGUGGUGCAGAGUGCUGCUCUGGGGCAGAGUUUGCUUCGUCUGUGUGUGGGACGACGACGGCCACCGCUGUGUUUUUAUGGAAGUAUAAAGUUCGCGCAAUCGAAGGUCUCCGUCGUACAGUUUCAGUGAAAAAGUGUGAGCGAGUAAAAUUUCUAUAAACGGGUUCCCGGAAGAAAUAAGUGAGAGUGGAAUAGGCAAAUGUGUCAGUGUAAAAAUAUCAAAAACCCCUGUAAAAGUUUAUUAAUUUCAAUGUAAACUGCUGUGAAAGUGGUGACAAAUUUUAUGUCUAAGCCAAUAAAAGCGACCGAAAGAGAACACGCACGCACACACAUUGAGGCAUAGGAAGUGACCAACUUCCAGGCGAUUAUUAGCUUUCGGUCGGCCACUUGACGAAGGGUUUUCGCGAGCAGCGCGCAUCAAAACAACAACAAACAAUAAUACACACCGACCAAGAUGGCGGAUCUCGAAGCGGUGCUGGCCGACGUCAGCUACCUGAUGGCGAUGGAGAAAUCCAAGUGCAUGCCAGCGGCCCGCGCCAGCAAGAAGAUUGUCCUACCGGAUCCAAGUGUUCGAAGCGUGAUGCACAAAUAUCUGGAAAAGGAAAACGAAGUGAACUUCGAUAAAAUCUUCAAUCAAGUGUUAGGAUACCUCCUAUUCAGAGAUUUCUGCGACAACGUCUCAGACGAACCGGUGCCACAUUUAAAAUUCUACGAAGAGAUCAAAGCCUACGAAAAGACAGAGUGCCACGACGAGCGGCGGAAGCAAGCCAGAGACAUUUACGACAAUUUUAUUAUGAAAGAAAUGCUGUCGCACACACACGAAUACUCGAAGGAGGCGGUGGCGCACGUGCAAAAGUACCUCAUGAAGAACGAAGUUCCGGUGAAUCUGUUCGAGCCGUACAUCGAGGAAAUCUUCCACCACCUGCGGGGCGAACCGUUUCGGAAGUUUCUCGAAAGCGACAAGUACACCCGCUUCUGCCAGUGGAAGAACCUGGAGCUCAACAUUCAGCUGACGAUGAACGACUUCAGCGUGCACCGGAUCAUCGGCCGGGGCGGUUUCGGCGAGGUGUACGGCUGUCGGAAGGCCGACACCGGCAAAAUGUACGCCAUGAAGUGUCUAGACAAGAAGCGAAUCAAAAUGAAACAGGGCGAAACGUUGGCGCUGAACGAAAGGACGAUGCUCUCGCUAGUCAGUACCGGGGUCGACUGCCCGUUCAUCGUGUGCAUGACGUACGCCUUCCACACCCCCGACAAGCUGUGCUUCAUCCUGGACCUAAUGAACGGUGGCGAUCUGCACUACCAUCUCUCCCAGCAUGGCGUAUUCAAUGAGUCCGAUAUGAAGUUUUAUGCAGCGGAAGUCAUCCUCGGGCUGGAGCACAUGCACAAGCGAUUCAUCGUGUAUCGGGACCUGAAACCGGCCAACAUUCUGCUGGACGAGAACGGGCACGUGCGAAUAUCCGAUCUGGGGCUGGCGUGUGAUUUCAGCAAAAAGAAACCCCACGCCUCGGUCGGGACGCACGGCUACAUGGCGCCGGAAGUGCUUUCCAAGGGUACCCCCUACGAUUCCAGUGCCGAUUGGUUCAGCUUCGGGUGCAUGCUGUACAAACUGCUGAAGGGCCAUUCGCCCUUCCGGCAGCACAAAACCAAGGACAAGCACGAAAUCGACCGGAUGACACUGACGAUGAACGUCGAGCUACCGGAAUCGUUUAGUAAAGAACUGAGAGAUUUGCUGGAAGGGCUACUGCAACGGGACAUAGACAAACGGUUAGGCUGUAAAGGGGGAGGGGCGGACGAAGUCAAAGCGCAUCCAUUCUUCACCGGUAUCGACUGGAACCAGGUGUACUACCAGAAGUACACUCCACCGCUGAUACCGCCCCGGGGGGAAGUGAACGCCGCGGACGCCUUCGAUAUUGGCUCGUUCGAUGAAGAGGACACCAAAGGUAUCAAACUGACUGAACAGGAUCAAGAGCUUUACAAGUACUUCCCGCUUACCAUCUCGGAAAGAUGGCAGCAGGAGGUCGCAGAAACAGUAUUCGAAACCGUCAACCUGGAGGCGGACCGACUGGAGCAGAAGCGGAAAGCAAAACAGAAGCAGCGUUUCGAUGCGGACGAGAAGGACUCCGACUGCAUACUGCACGGGUAUCUGAAGAAGUACAGCGGCUCGUUUGCGUCGGUGUGGCAGACGCGGUAUGCUAAGCUUUAUCCAAAUAGGCUAGAACUACACACGGAAAGCGGUAGCACGAAGCCGGAUCUGGUGUUCAUGGACCAGAUCGAGGAGGUGGCGCCGGACUACGUGCAGUUCAAGAACGAGCAAUGUAUACAGAUUCGGUUUCGGGAUGGCAUCCGGGACGGACGGCUGGUACUGACGAUGGCGGACGAAAUCGGCCUCAAGGAGUGGUCCCUGUCGCUGCGCGGUGCCCACAAGGAAAGCCAGGAACUGCUCGGCUCGAUGGCGAAGAAGGCCGGCAAAAUCUACGGCACCGAGCGGGACGCCUCCAAAGCCAACGUACUGAUCUCGUCGUCUACCACCGCCAAUUCCAACGCCAGUGCCACCAACAAUUCCGCCGGCACCGGCGGCCAGCGGAACGCCAACGGGUCCUCCAACUAGCGGUUACUGUUGCGAUCUCGGUCCUGCUUCAUAGAGCCGAGUCGUCUGAAGGAACCCCUGCUGAAGAUGAAGUGCAAGGACACCUAAAACCGUGUAGGUGGCGACGGCAGCAGCAUGUCAGGUCGUUUUGGUUUCCUGCCUGUCGGUUCUGUGAAGGCUUUUAGUUAGACAUUGUGUUAUAUUUUUUUCAAUUCUGCUCUGCAGUAUUUAGGUAUGUAUAGACAUUCUUGUUUUUCGUUUUCAUUUUCGUUUCUUUUGGAGCAACUUGGGACGUGAAAAAACGGGUUUAAUCGGAACGCAUUGGCUAUUCGUGGGCAUUUCAAAACAAAUAGUAGGAAAUUCGAAGCGAAAACAAGAGUAUUUUCCGCCGACAGUGAUAUGAACAAAGUGUGAAGCAAAACAGUGAAUAUUUUAAUCAGUAGGCGUUACGAUUAUACAAACAAAAGCACACAUACACACAAUGAAUGGAAAUGCUGACAAUGAUAUAGCGAUUCGGUCACCGCAUCAGUGCUGACUUUGAUAGUAUUUGUUUUGUUUAGGUUGGAAAGUGAAAAUAAAGCAGGUGGCGUUUUGAAAUAACAAGCCCAACAAAAGCGCGGCCUACUAUGUUUUCAUUUUUUGAUGUAUCGCACGAUUGUUUUCGUUGUAUUUUAUUCUUUUGAGUAUUAAUUUUGUUAGUGUUUAUGUUUUGUAGUAUUGAUGGAAAGUCAGUAUUGAGCAGUGAAGCAUAACAAAUUAUAGCAAAAAUAAUUCCUAGAGUUAGCGAAUAAAUGUGUCAAUUUAGUAUUGUACUUCUUUAUACCGGAAGAAGCAAAUCAUGGAAGUAAUAUCUAGUGAUGUUUAUACAACUGUGACAACCGAAGAAACUAGAUGGAAGAAAACAAUAAAAAUGAACAAAAAAUUAA